CCAAUGUCACAUCAACUGUUAACUUAGUAAACAUGUUCAUUAUCAUGGAAAAUUUUAAAAGAAUUCCAAAAUAAAGUUUCGCCCUUGUUAUUUUUUCGGUUCACUGAUCGUAGAAAUGUUCAACUAGUUCAUUCUUAGGUUAAAGUGUUUCAUUAAAGUCGUUAACCAUGAAGUUCAGAGGGGUCACAUCAACUUGAAACAUAGUAACAUGUUCAUUAUCACGGUUCACUGAAUUGGAAUUUUGAUAGCGUGAAGUCAGUACACAUACAAGUUAAAGUUUUGUUAGAUGUAUGCCUAAGGAUGAAUAGAUGAUGAUGUUUUACAAGAAGAAACAACUUAACGUUUGCAGCUGAGGAAAGAAACUGAAUUACAGUUAGAAUAUCUUCAGUGUAUUUUUUGAAGUCUCAGCAUGGCAGAUAACAUAGGAAAUGAAGAGGCUUACAUGGAUGAUGGCCGCAUGUCAGAUAACAUAGGAAAUGAAGAGGCUUACAUGGAUGAUGGCCGCAUGUCAGAUAACAUAGGAAAUGAAGAAGCUUACACAUAUGAUGGCCAUGUUUACAAAUGUGUUAGAUGUGGAAAAACUUAUAAUAGAAAAUCAUUCCUACAAAAUCAUCAAUGCAACAUUUGUCCUUUAUGUGAUAAGUUGUUCGUGUCUUCACAGAACCUGAAAUCACAUAAUUGUGCUGCCUCAUCAUGUGGUGACUGCAAAAGGAGUUUCAAAUCAACAAAAACUCUUUCCAAUCAUAAAUGCACAUAUUGCAAGCAUUGUUCUACAGUCUUUAGUUCUUUUCAAAAACUCAAUCAACAUUUACAUCACUAUAAAGUUUUAAGAGAUGAAACAGAACCAGAAAACAAACUUUCUGAAGAAGGAAAAUCUGAAUCUCCAAAAACAAAUUUGUGCAGUAUGGGUGUUGAUAUGAAAGCAGCAGAAAGUGACUGUCAGCUGGAUGAACACAUAGACCUGAUUAAAGAAGAAGCUCAGAGUCAUACUAAUGAACAAGAUGGGCUAAAUAUGCCAAAUUUUAAACACAGACUAGCAUGUGAAUUCAAGAUGGCGACUGACAUCCUCAAUGUUCAAGUCAAGAAAGAGUCCAUGGAGCCUCCAUCUGAGGACAAGGUUGAAGAGACUGCCCCAGAUAUAGCUCAGAUUGUUGACAAAGAAAACAUAGGAGAGACCAACUCAUGUGACAAUGACACAGUGACCUCUAACAACAAUACAGAGGAUAAAAAUGGUGAUAAACCUGGUACCCCAAUCAUGGUGAUAUCUCCGGAGGGAAAUACAGCAGAACAGCUUCAGAGAAUGAUACAACAGCAGUACCUCGUUAAUCUGUUACAGUUCCAACAAUCCAUGUUACAGCAGGGACAGGUCAAUCAAGCUCCAUCACUUCAAGUUCAACACCAAACUCUUUUGAAUGCUUUGGACUUCACUGGUAAAUCUGGGGAAACAAGUCCUGAUUCCACACAAAACAAUGCUGGUCCAGUAAAGGAAAGGAAACAGACUAGAAGCAUAGAAGGAGAGAUUGGGUCUGAUAAUGACAGUUUAGUUUUUGAUGAGGAGGUUUACACCAAUGGUGAGGAAUUGACUGAUAAACAAAAAAGUGAAAGAAUAAGGCACUCAGUUGGAGGUCGGAACAUCAAUCAGUAUGGCAGAGAAUUUACCAAUGGUCGUCCCUUGCCAGAUCAUCUUAGAGUCCAAAUUUUACAGCUUGCCCUUCAAGGCAUACGACCUUGUGAGAUCAGCAGACAACUGCAAGUGUCACAUGGUUGUGUCAGUAAAAUAUUAAACAGGUACAGAAAGACAGGAAGUAUAAAUCCAGGUCAAAUAGGUGGCAGUAAACCUAAGGUUACGACUCCUGAUGUUGUCAGUCGUGUACGGCAGUAUAAGAUGGAAAAUCCACAGAUGUUUGCAUGGGAGAUUCGACAAAAAUUAUUAGCAGAUGGUAUAUGCCAGGAGAAGAAUAUUCCAUCAAUCAGUUCUAUAAAUAGAAUUAUCAGAGACAAAGCUAUUCUUCAAAGAAGAAGUUUUGAUGGCAGUCUCAAAGAUUGUGAUACAACUGAUAUGGAUGAUCUCCCUUUAGACACAGAACGUAUACAAAGAUACAUGAUCAGCAUCCCUAAUUUGACAGGAAAUAAUAUGACUCCUGCAACAGAAGGUACCAUCAUUCCCGUACAGGUUUCCUUGGAUACAGCACAAGGUGUACUGGUUCCUACAGUCAACAUGAUUCGCCAGCAGUACUCUCCUCCCAUUGCUCAUCAGCAGACGUCACAGGUGUCACCAACACUGAUGAGAACCUCACCAAAACAAUCACCGAGCAGCAUAGUUAUACAAGGAAUUGGAAAUGAUGCCAUUAAAACAAACGAGAAUGCACAACAUGUUUUCACAGUAGAGGAUCUCAGCAGACAGAAAUUUGGGAUUUCUGUCAGUGAAAAUAAUGGACACUUACAACCUGGCAUAGGAACAAGUCAAACAGUUGAUAUAGGUGAGCUGGCAGCAGAAGGAAUGAAAUGUAGCAGCUCACCUAAAUCUGACCUUAAUAGACACAAUCUACAUUCUGUCAUUUCACACUUAAUCACUACACAAACGGCAGCCAUUAUGAAAGAGGAUGACAUUGCAGCUCAGCAGUUACAGUAUCAGAAUGAGGCUGCUCAAGGUCAAAGUUCAGAAACAAUUAUAGAAAUAGAUCAAGAAAUUAAUGAUGCAGUGAGCAAUAUCACAAAAAAUCCUGGAACAGUUUCAAAUCCUUUAUCUCCUAUUGUUUCUAAAGAUUUUUCUUCUAUAAUACAAAGAAAAUUUAGCAGUGAAGGAUUAUCCAUUAUUUCCUCACCUCAGACGUACACAGUGGCAUCAGACAAGACAGGAAACACAGUACCAGUUACAAUUAACAUUGCACCAUAUCAGUUUGAAUCAUCAUCGAAGGAAAAUUCACCUCAGAUUUCACCAGCAUUAAGUAGCAGUCAUUCAAUGGAAAAACAUCCACAAACAUCUCCUCAAUCUGUAGGAUCCAAUGUGAGAAAUAAAAGUCGUCACAGAAGUCGUGAUAGUAGUUCUUCUGGAAGCAUGUCUCCAACGGCAAACAGAACAAAAUCUGUUGAGAAGAAGGCAGUCUCUCGUAGCAAUAUAGUACCAGCUCCCUCUGCUGCUGUUACAUAUGAUAAAUAUGCUGGAACACCCUCCAUGUAUGAUUAUACACUGCCAGAUAGAGGUCUUGGAACUGGACCUGCGCCAACACCACGGCCACAAUCCAGUAAUAGUGUCAAAUCACAUUCAUGGCACUGCCCACAAUCUCCAGCCCAGUUGUCAAUUCCAAGUCCAGCUUUGUCAGAUAGAAGUGGAACAUCUCCUCUUGAUCUCUCAUCUGCUCCUAUCAAAGAUAGCAGAAGAGAAAUACUUAAGAGUCCUGCUUUGUCAGAUAAAGGCUCACUAUCUGUUACUGAAGAAAAUUCGGAAAAAUCUACUCCUCAGAAAGUUUUGUAUGAGAAAAACAUGUUGAUUUUUAGUGAAAAUGAAGUUGAAAUUAUUUCAGUAGGAAAUAAUAAAUGGGUUGUGAGAAAUGAGUCACAAUUAUUGUCAAUGACUCAUAAAGGUAAGCCAGACAGUCAAACUGAGACACAAACAAAUAAACGUCCAAGUGAUGAUGAAAGUGGAAGUCCUGUUGGAUUGAAAAUUCCUAAACUUACAAAUGGAAAUAGUACACCUAUGAUGGUUCAUGGUGCUAACACAGUAAAUAGUUCUGUCCCUUUAACAAAUGGUAACAUGAUUUUUAGUGCUAAUAUGUCCGUAGAUUCUCAGUCGGGCAGAGAUCCAAAGAAUUGUCCAGUUUUACAGAAUAUGUUGAAACCAAAGACAUAACAAUGAUGUUUAGACUUAUGAUUUAUCUAUGGUGCAUAUAGUAUACACAUUACAUGUAGUGGGUUACUGAAGUUUUAUUUAUAUUGUUAUUUUGUUGUUAACAGUGAAUUCUUGUAUUUUGCCAUUGUCUUUUAGUUCUUGUACUUUUAUUCUAGGCAUAAAUAUAUUUACAAAUAUUAUUUUUGCUUCUUUUUUUAACUUCUUUCUCAUUUUGAUUGUAUUUGUUAGUUCUUAGACAAUUGUCAAGGUUACUAUGUAUUUUAGCUAAAUUUUUUAUGCUUUUUAAACUUUUCCUUUAGUUGCAUUUUUAAAUUAGAGUUACUGAGUUUGCAAUUUUGUAUACAAGCUUAAAUUAGAAAUUUCAGUUUGUUCUAUGUUUUGGGACA